AUGGAAGGAUCUGAGAGGAAUUCAAACAUGUUGCCAGCCAAGCUUGGGAAGCCCAGGGUGGUUGGUGGCCAUGCCGCCCCUGCGAUGUCGUGGCCCUGGCUGGUCAGUCUGCAGUACCAAGGACAGCAUUACUGUGGAGGUGCUCUGAUUGGGAGACAGUGGGUCCUGACGGCGGCACACUGCAACUUCAGUACUGUCACAGACAACCUGGUAAUAGGAAGAAGUUACCUGUGGAAUACAGGAAAUAGAGAUUUGAUACCAGUGAAAGCUGUAUACACUCACCCCAGCUUCACACAAUUUCCUCCCAAUGAUGAUCUAUGCUUGCUGCAGCUGGAAAACCCUGUUGAACUAGGAAAGUUUGUAUCUCCAAUCUGUUUGCCAGGGAAAGAUGAUAAAAUAAAUGUACUUUCCAAAUGUAUGACUGCUGGGUGGGGAAUAACUGAACCUCAUCAAGAUGAAUUUCCUAAAACCGUGCAGCAGGCAAAGGUACCACUGAUUAGUAGUACAUCUUGUCGAAGCUACUGGGGACUGGAUAUUAAAAACACCAAUAUAUGUGGAGGGGCUGCAGGAUCAUCCUCCUGUAUGGGAGAUUCUGGAGGACCACUGCAGUGUGCCCAGGAUGGGCAGUACAAGCUCAUCGGUAUUGUGAGCUGGGGCAGCAGUAAUUGCCAUCCUGCCGCACCAACAGUCUUCACCAGAAUUUCUGCUUAUAGAGACUGGAUCACAUCUGUCACUGGAGGAGAAGCAUGA